ACACGAGCUGCCUCCAGUCCUCCUUCGGCGCCGCCAGCGCCGCGCCGUCGCCUAGCUAGACCGACCGCGGCGUCGUCCUCGCGUCCAUACGCUCUCGCUGAUCCAGAGCUCCAUCGCUCGUCGCAAAACUCCGGUCGCGGCGCGUCGAAAAAGCCAUGUGCCUCUGCUGCCUCGGCUGGGGCCUCUUCCUCUACAACUACGCCAACGGCCGCGCGCGCGAGCCGCGGCUCGAGGACGUGACGCCGAACGCGCAGAUCCUCGCGGGCCAGGCCGGCGUGAGCGUGCUCGACUACUUCUUCUGGACGCUCUUCGUCGGGCUCUCCGGGUCGUCGCUCUACGCAGCGAUGCUCGUCUUCGACGUGCUGCCCUUCGUCGCCCAGGCGUCCUUCAUCUACUACAUCAUGACGAACGCGAAGCUCGAGCCGGCGACGCGGUCCUGCUGCGACGACGCCGCGGAGAAGGAGACGAUGCUCGCCGCUCGGCCGUCGUGCUGCGCGGAGAAGCAGGCCAAGCCCUGCUGCAAGGCGACGGAGCUCGUCUGAAUGCUUUUGCGGCGCGGCGGCGGCGCGCGUCCGAAUCCCGUGGCGAUGGCGGACGCCCGUCGGGGCGAUGACGAGACACACACCGUUGCUGCGCGGAGACUUACGCGACGUCCUGCUGCGCGCGGCGACGGCGCUCGUGUAGUUCGCUGGGGGUCCGGGCGGCCUGCCUGUCUAUAAUGUGUCAAUUUUACCAGC